AUGAGCGAACGGGAUUAUCUACCGUUAACAUCAACAUUAGUCAAAACAUUGACAGAUAAAUUGUAUGAAAAACGAAAAACAGCCGCACUUGAGAUUGAAAAAAUGGUACGUGAGUUGAUGGUCAUUCAGAAUUAUGAACAAAUUGAACGUAUAUGUAGAAUAUUAAGUGAACAUUUUGUUUUAUCACAAAAUGGAAAUUUCCGACGAGGUGGUUUAAUUGGCAUAGCUGCAUUGGCAAUUGCCACUGGAAAAGAAGCACAACGGUUUCGUCAAUAUUUAGUACCACCUGUUCUUCAAUGUUUUCUUGACAACGAUCCAAAAGUUCGCUAUUAUGCGUGUGAAUCUUUGUACAAUAUUGCCAAAGUUUUAAGAACAGUAACAUUAGCAUAUUUUAAUGAAAUAUUUGAUUGUUUAUCUAAGUUAGUUGCUGAUAUGGAACCCACAGUUAAAUCGGGUGCUGAAUUACUUGAUCGUUUAUUAAAAGAUAUUGUCACUGAAACAUGUACACAGUUUGAAUUAGUUGCAUUUAUACCAUUAUUACGCGAUAGAAUUUAUGUUCGAAACGCAUUUACAAGACAAUUUCUUAUCUCUUGGAUAUCUUUAUUAACAUCUGUACCAGAAUUAGAUAUGAUUCAAUAUUUACCCGAAAUACUCGAUGGUUUGUUUCAUAUUCUUGGUGAUCCAAAUCCUGAAAUUCGUAAAGCAUGUGAAAUACUAUUUAGUGAGUUUUUAUUAAUUUUGAAAGCAAGUACAAUACAACCGUCAAUGUUUGAAGAUAUGACAAGAAUUCUUAUACAAAACUGUCAAUCAGCAGCCGUUGCUCCUAAAGACGCUUUAAUUCAAUAUACAUCGUUACAUUGGUUACGAGAAUUUUUAAAUAUGAAUUAUCAUGAAGUAUUAUUACCUCAUUCAGCUGGUUUAUUAGCAGCAGUUUUAUCAUGUACAGCAAAAGAAAUAAAUCAUAUAUUACGACAAUUAAUUAAAAGCGAAAGUAGUAAAAAUGAACAAGGAGAAUAUUGUUUAAAUUUACCUGAGCCAACAAUAUCCAAAAUGGUUGAGGUUUUAAAAACUCAAAUUCAAUUAGGUGCAUCACAAUCACGAAUUAUAGCACUCCAAUGGAUUCAUCAUCUAUUCGAAUGUUUACAUGACAAAAUGAAUCCUCAUAUUGAUAUAUUAUUUCCCGUUUUAUUUCGUGUAUUGAGUGACUCGACAGAUGAAGCUGUUCUUUUAGUUUUGCAAAUAUUUGCUAUAAUAUCAAUAUCAAAUGCUCCUGUAGUAGUAACAACACUUGACACAAUAACGUCAUCUGCUCCAGAAUUAUUACCAAAUACCAACAGUAUUCAAAAAUACAAUGAUUACUUUACAAAAUUUAUCAUUGUUCUCAUGGAUUUAUUUCGCACUGAUAGAGCAUUAUUAGAAACACGAGGAUCAUUCAUAAUUCGACAAUUGUGUAUGUUAUUAUGUGCCGAGGAUAUCUAUCGUACAUUGUCUGAAACACUAUCAAAUGAACCAGAUGUACAAUUUGCUUCAACCAUGGUAAAAAUUUUAAGUUCAAUACUUUUAACAUCAACCGAAUUACAUGAACUUAGAGUCAAAUUGAAAAAUCUUCAAACAAAUGAUAGUGCAACAUUAUUCGUAUGUUUAUACAAAACAUGGUGUCAUAAUCCUGUAGCAACUGUUGCUUUGUGUUUAUUAUCUCAAAAUUAUGAUCAUGCAUGCACAUUAGUACAACUAUUUUCAAAUAUGGAAGUUACAGUAGAUUUUCUAAUUGAAAUUGAUAAAUUAGUUCAAUUAAUUGAAUCACCAAUAUUUACAUAUCUUCGCUUAGCCUUACUUGAUGUUGAAAAUCAUCAAACAUUAAUACGUGCUCUAUGUGGUCUACUGAUGUUGUUACCUCAAACAGAUGCCUUCCAUACAUUGAGAAGAAGAUUAGAAUGUGUACCAACAUUUAUCGAUAGGUUAACUACAUCACAAAGAAAAAUGAACAGUUUACCGCUGAAUUCGAUGAUCGAUUCCUUACCAUCUAGUGAAUCAACGACUCUCAAUGCCCUAGCAUUAACUAAAACUAACUCGUCUUCUCGUAAUCAGAUAAAUUUUCAAGAAUUAAAUGAUUAUUACGUAUCCGUGCAAAGUAAACAUGUUGAAUCAAAACGGCAACGUUAUCUAUAUCGUACAGAAAGUUGA